AUGCCUAUCCGUCACACUAGUCGAUUUCUUCCAACCCAUCCGCAGUAUGAGACACGCAUGGCAGUCAUGCAGCCUGAGCAUUGUGCAAGGGUCCCUAACUUUGUAGGUGGCAGUCUUCCAAGGAAAGACAAAGGAAACAGGGAAGAGUAUUGUCUUGUUAUGCUUAUGUUGUUCAAGCCAUGGAGGACAGGUACAGACCUGAAGCAAUCUGGGCAAUCUUGGGAUGAUGCAUUUGCUGCACACCAGUUCACUUCCCGUCAGAUGGAUCUCAUGAGAGGAACAGGCACCCUCCAGUGA